UUUAUUUCCUUGGAGAAUAUUCAGUAACAGAAUAAGCUUAAAAAGAAAAGGAUGAAUGCUGGAUUUUUACUUUUCAACUUGCUUUUGUAUUUGUCAACAACGAAUGCCAAGAAUGCUCAAGAAGAUGGCGAUGCGAAUUUUAAUGGACAUUUGGAGGAUGACUACGGUUUAAUUUAUCGUAUUAUAAAUACUCUCAACGGUAAGUCAGGAUGGCAGCCUCCUCCUUAUGCUUCUAUUGUUGAUAAUGGUGACAAUGCAGCUUAUCCAGUAAACUAUAUCGCUGCCCUUGUUGACGGAUCAGCUCCUCGAGAUAAUGACGAUGAUGAAUUAUAUCUAUCAAGUGGCCAUAUACGUUCUCCGCAUGUUCACUAUCAUCAUCACCAAAGUGGCAAGCAUCAUCACCUUCCAAAGCGUAAUCUUCGUAAAACCAAGAAGUCUGUUUUUAUGAUACAACAAUUUGCGAGUCUUCACAAUGUCAACGUAUACGAAUUAUAAAAGUUCAAAAUUUUCCCUCCCAUGAGCUAAAAAUAAGUUUCAUAUUCAGAAGAAUGCAAGG